CUACUAAUUAAAAAAAUACUUUGAUACUCAACCCUUAAUCCAAGUGGAUUCAUAUAAAUAAACUAUUGAAACGACAUGAAGCAGGCCAUCUUUGAUAACAUCAAAAACAUCAUUAUCAUUGUUGCAAUAAUUGGUUUUGUGUUUACUAUAUAGUUUUAUGUAUGCAUUUAUAUAAUCUUGUUUUAUCAUAAUUAUCUAGUUGAGUAGACAGAAGAGAAUCCAUAUAAGAAUGGAUUUCAAUUUUGAAUUGCAUGAUUCGACGUUCUUCCCAGGAGAUUUUAUCUUUGAGGACAUUCAAGAUAAGUUUUAUUCCACUGAUAGAAGUGUGGAAAAAGUUCAGCUUUAUGGUGCUGAAGAUCAAUGGGGUUAUGGCUAUUACCCAGAUGAGAACUUUGAAGAAGGAUUCAUUUUCUCCAAGUCUCAGAUACAAGAACAGCAGCAGCUACAGCAAGAACAACAAUCAUUUUCUGUCUAUGACCUGUUUGAUGAAAUUCCUCAGUAUGAAUCUGUCUUUCAAUCGUUUGAAAAAUGCCUAGAGGUAGAGGAUUUUACAAAUGAGGUUAGUGAAACCGUAACUGUCAUCUCAGAAGUUGGAGCCAAGAAGGAGAAGGAGUAUCCUAUCCCUUUAGCUGCUCUUGAGCUCUUAAACAAUCAUGGAAACGGGUUUAAGCGAUUGAAGGGGGAAAGAAUCAUUGAGCCAAAUAAUGGUAUCACUACAGUUAAUGAUAAUAAUCAGGUGGCUGCUUCUGCUGCAGAUCACAGAAUAUUAUCAACUGAAGGUAUUUUGAGGUUUGCUGGUGAAAGAUUCAUUCAGUCCUAUUCUAAGCAGCAGGUAGCGAGCCAUCCUUUCAAUUGGUCCUUCUCUGGCCUUAACUUUGAGCAGACCAAGGAUGUUGAGCUUGUGGAGUUGCUUCUAGCUUCUGCUGAGAAAGUAGGAUGUCAACAAUAUGAAAGUGCCUGCAGAUUACUCCAUUUUUGUGAUGACUUGGCUUCAAAUGCAGGUAAUCCAGUUCGAAGGGCGGCAUACUAUUUCUGUGAAGCUCUUCGAGAGAAGAUUGAUAAAGAAUCCGGAAGAAAUACAUCAAAGGGUUUGGGGAAAAUGCUUGAAUCAUUUGAUAUAGACAAGGCAAUGAUGGUACCAGAUGGGCCUAAGCUUGCAUUUCACCAAGGACUUCCUCUUUCCCAAGUGGAAAAGUUUGCCGGAAUCCAAGCCAUCAUAGAGAAAGUUUCUGAAUCAAACAAAGUUCAUGUGAUUGAUCUUCGAAUUGCGAAUGGUGUUCAAUGGAUAGCCUUAAUGCAAGCUCUAGCAUCUCGCCAUGAGCACUUCCCUAUAGAAAGUUUAAAAAUAACAGUCAUCGCAACUACUGCAAGGGAUGUUAUGGAGGAGACUGGUAAGUGGUUGACCAACUUUGCCAAUACUCUAAAAAUACCAUUCUCUUUUAAUAUAGUUAUGGUAUCAAACAUGUUUGAGCUCAAACAAGAUCUUUUCAAAUUGGACAACAAUGAAACAAUCGCGGUCUACUCUUCUUUUGCAUUGAGGAGAAUGAUAGCACAGUCAACUGAAUUGGAGUCACUCAUGAGAGUGAUCAAAAGCCUAAAUCCAUGUGUAAUGGUAGUGACUGAAGUUGAGGCAAAUCACAACUCACCAGCCUUUGUUAACCGAUUCAUUGAAGCCCUUUUCUUCUAUGGAACACUAUUUGAUUGCCUUGAAUCUUUCAUGAAAAGGAAUGAGCCUAAUCGAAUGGCGGUUGAAGCAACCUAUUGUUUUCAGGCAAUCAGAAACAUCGUGGCCACUGAGGGAGAAGAAAGACAGAUAAGAAAUGUGAAGAUUGAUGUGUGGAGAGCUUUCUUUGCCAGGUUUGGAAUGGAAGAGCUUGAAUUGAGCCCAUCAUCUAUAUACCAAGCUAAUCUCAUUGUUGACAGAUUCCCAGCUGGGACUUCUUGUACUCUUGGCAUGAAUGGAAAAUGCCUUAUCAUGGGUUGGAAAGAUUUGCUGUCACUAGAGACAUGUUUGGAGGAUAUAGCAGGAUUAGUGAAAUCCCAGCUAUGGUUUCAGAUGUUGAAUCCAAGGAGAAAGAGUGUCCAAUUUCUUUAGCAGCUUUUGAGAUCCUAAGGAACUAUAGCAGUGGAGUAAAGAAGAUGAAGAGAGAUAGAGUUAUGGAGGAACCAAGUUAUGAUACAGCAA